UUCCAGCAAAAAUGAUAAAGUGCUCUAAGCCAUUGGAUGGGUUCCCGCCACCGUCUUUGGUCUCUCAAUCCAACGGCUGAUAGGCAAUCCUCAUAGACCUUCUGCGCACAAAGAAAGAAAGAAAGACAACACAUUCCACACGUAUGUCUCCCUUCCUUCCUUCCUGUUCCUGCCCAGUCGAACCCUUGGAUCCAAAAACACUUCCACCCACCUCCCUGUUCAUCCGUUAUUUCCUUCCUUCCUUCCUUUUUGGAAGAUCGCCGUGCCCAACUGUAUAUCCCGCCAUUCCUUGCCGGGGCGCACGCGUUUUUGAUAAACUUGCAUUGAUGAUAUGCCUUCUUCAUGGGUUUGAUUUGGGAUGAUGCAUCGGAAAUAUUCAGCUAUAACCCAAUUCUUGGAAAUUGGAGAUCUUCUUGUAGCCGCCGCGCAUUUGAUAAAAUACACGUUAUAGUUUAUAUAUACAUACUACUGCACCCAUAAAUAAUAAAUAAGGAGCGAGCGAAAGUGGAGGAUUGUUGUUGUCUAUUCGAUGUUGAGACGGAGGAAAGGUGGGGAAAUCAGGAGGGAAUCUCAAGCCGCCGUGGGAGAUGGGGAUAAGAAAGAGAACGAGGGAAGAAAUGAGGAGGCGGAAAAGAGAAUCAGGAGGAUUAAUAAGAAGUGGAAUUGCAUCGACAGUUGCUGCUGGUUCGUUGGUUGCGCUUGCUCUAUGUGGUGGUUUUUGCUCUUCAUUCUCAACGCCAUGCCGGCUUCAAUCCCACAGUAUGUAACAGAGGCGAUUACUGGUCCGUUGCCUGAUGCGCCUGGUGUAAAACUUUGCAAGGAGGGGUUGAAAGCGAAUCAUCCUGUGGUUUUCGUCCCUGGCAUAGUCACUGGAGGGCUUGAACUGUGGGAAGGUCACCUGUGUGCAGAAGGAUUGUUUAGAAAGCGUCUAUGGGGUGGCACAUUUGGAGAACUGUAUAAAAGACCUCUAUGCUGGGUUGAACACAUGUCAUUGGAUAAUGAAACAGGACUAGACCCCCCUGGUGUGAGAAUUAGACCUGUCUCUGGACUUGUGGCUGCUGAUUACUUUGCCCCAGGUUAUUUUGUAUGGGCAGUUUUGAUUGCAAAUUUGGCACAGAUUGGAUAUGAGGAGAAAAACAUGUAUAUGGCUGCAUAUGAUUGGAGGCUCUCGUUCCAAAAUACUGAGGUACGCGAUCAAACUCUAAGCAGGAUGAAAAGUAAUAUAGAACUCAUGGUAGCCACAAAUGGUGGGAGGAAAGUGGUUAUAAUUCCACAUUCUAUGGGUGUAUUGUAUUUCUUGCAUUUUAUGAAGUGGGUUGAAGCACCAAGCCCAAUGGGAGGUGGCGGUGGUCUAGAUUGGUGUAGUAAGCAUAUCAAAGCUGUUGUAAAUAUUGGCGGACCUUUCUUGGGUGUGCCAAAAGCAUUUACUGGCUUAUUCUCUGCUGAAGCCAAGGAUAUUGCUGUAGCCAGGGGUAUAGCACCAGGUAUCCUUGACACUGAUGUGUUCGGCUUACAGACCUUGCAACAUGUGAUGCGAAUGACUCGAUCAUGGGAUUCAACAAUGUCGAUGAUACCUAAAGGUGGAAACACAAUCUGGGGUGACCAUGAUUGGUCACCUGAAGAAGGAUAUGACUGCAGUGCGAAGAAGAUAAAGACCAAUGACACUCCAAUGGGGGACCAUAAUGGAACAUGGGCCUCAGAAGAUACAACUACAAAUCAUGUUCAUUAUGGAAGAUUAAUAUCGUUUGGGAAGAAUGUUGCGGAAGCAGAAUCUUCAAAUGAAAACCGUGUCAAUUUCAAGGAUGCUGUGAAGGGCAAUAAUCUUAUAAACACCAGUUGUCAUGAUGUAUGGAAUGAAUACCAUGACAUGGGAAUUGAAGGAAUAAAAGCAGUGGCAGAUUACAAAGUGUUUACUGCUGACUCAAUCAUAGACAUGCUCCAUUUUGUUGCCCCAAAGAUGAUGAAACGUGGAAGUGCUCAUUUCUCAUAUGGGAUUGCUGAUAAUUUGGAUGACAAGAAAUAUCAACAUUACAAAUAUUGGUCAAAUCCUUUGGAAACCAAAUUACCCAAUGCUCCUGACAUGGAAAUAUACUCCAUGUAUGGAGUUGGAAUCCCCACAGAACGAGCAUAUGUUUACAAAUUGAGUUCAACCUCUGAUUGCUAUAUCCCUUUUAAGAUUGACAGCUCAGCUGAAGGAGGAAACAACUGCAGCUGUCUGAAGGGUGGGGUAUUCUCUGUUGAUGGAGAUGAAACAGUCCCUGUGCUUAGUGCAGGUUUCAUGGCUGCAAAAGGCUGGAGAGGGAAAACACGAUUUAAUCCCUCGGGAAUAAAGACCCACAUUAGGGAAUUUUAUCAUGCCCGCCCUGCAAACCUUUUGGAGGGUCGGGGAACACAAAGUGGUGCUCACGUUGAUAUCAUGGGAAAUUUUGCUCUUAUUGAAGAUAUCAUCAGAAUAGCAGCAGGAGCUACUGGAGAGGAUUUGGGUGGUGAUCAAGUUCACUCAGAUAUCUUCAAGUGGUCCGAGAAGAUCAAGUUACGACUAUAGAUAUUUACUGGGACUUGAAAGAGAAGCUUAUCUGAUCAUAUUGGUCUUAUUAUAUCAUGCAGAAGAAGCAUCAAGAAUCAAUACCUAGAAAGCAGUUUGUGUUUCAUGAGGAGGAGGUAUUCUGUCCAAAAAGGUUGAUUGGUUUUGAGAUUUGCAAAAGAUUUGUAAUCAUAUUUAUAUCUGUAAGUAACACAUUAUUACCCUGUUGUAUACUAAUUGGGGUUGAUCCAUUUCUUGUAACUCAUGGUGCUGCAAUUAACAUACAAAAUAGGGCUUUCUUCAGAUCCCCUCCCAAUUUGGGGAAUGUUAAAACUCUUGAAUUGAAAUGAACUGAACGAUCAUAUAAGACGGAUCAUAAGACGAGAUCGUGACAUUUGUGAUUUUUGUGUGCUUUAUAUAGAUGUACCUUGUUUUGAAUUCUUUCAGGUUUGUGUGAAAGUUGAAGAUAGUG